AUGCAGAAUAUCCAAUUUCAUUCUGAUCAAACAGUCAACAACAUGUACAGAUACCUAUGGUGUCUGUUGACUAUUAUAUCUGUAAAUAAUUAUGUUUUUGCAAUACCUACAGUAUCUUCUAAUUGGUGGCAGUAUCCAUAUCCAUAUGACGUACUCUCUAUAGCGUCAUCACAAGCAAAACUGCAACAGGAAAAUUUAAUUGACAGUUACACAGAGAGCACAGAACAAUCCUACGGUCAUAGACGACUUAGAAACUGCUUGGAUCCAAAGAUUGGGAAACUAGGAAGAAAGGUUAGAUAUGGUUGUUCCAAGCGUCGCAAUAAAUCAAGACGAUUGGAUGGACUAUGUAACGAUUUUGAAAAUCCAGCAUCGGGAAGUCUUUAUUAUCGUUUUGGCAGAAAUGUUCCCCUGAAUGCCACAGUUAGAGAAAAGAAGAAUUUGUACAACCCUAGUCUACGUGACAUAAGUCGAGCAUUGAAAAAUCAUCAAUAUCGUACACAACAGUACAAACCAGAUUGA